UCCAGCCCUUUUUGAGCUUUUGUGUAUCAUCAACCGAUGUAAACUAGAUGUCAGAACAAGAGGCCUAACCGUGAUGUUUGAAAUCAUAAAAACAUACGGGAACACGUUUCUCCAACAUUGGUGGCGUUAUGCGUUUAAAGUCUUGUUUCGAAUUUUCGGCAACAUGAAACUACCAGACAGACAGAUUGGCAGGAGAAAUCAGAAUAGAUGACAACAACUUGUAAUCACGCUCUAUAUGCUAUCAUCGAUGUUUUUACUCAGUAUUUUGAUAUUCUUGCUGAAAUUCUUCUUGAUGAUAUGUAUGGCCAUCUAGAAUGGUGUGUCAAACAAGAUAACGAGCAGUUAGCGAGGUCUGGUACCAAUUGUUUGGAAAAUCUCGUCAUAUCCAAUGGCAACACGUUCUCCGAAGACGUCUGGGAAAAGACAUGUCAAUGUGUAAAGACGAUAUUUGAAUCAAACGUAUCUCACGAACUAUUGAAAUGGAGACCUGCUGACCAACAAGUAAUGAGUCUACCCACACCCGAUGUCAAACCUGCGUCAUCACCACUCAAGGUAAGUUACACUUAGGGCCUGAUUAUAUGGAGGGGAGUUGGCCCGGAUAGCGAGCUAACCCGAUGAUUUCAAGGGAUUGAAAAG